UCUUCUCUUAAUUAUUCCAAAGUCUUUUACAUUGCUGGCUCGUCCUCUCCAUUCCUAGUCUCUGUGACUCUGUCUUUGUCCUGUCAGCAUACCUCCAUUCUUCAUCUUCUUCUUCUUCUCAAUUUCUUUCAUCUGAAAGAGACGCCCUAGAUUCUUUCUCCAACUUUUUAAGGGUUUUUUUUUCUUCUGAAUUGCAACUACUGUGAUCAGUGAAUAUGGCUAGUGUUUCACAAUCAUCAGGAGGAGGAGCUACUAUUAUGUGGCAACCACAAGAAGAAGGUCUUAGAGAGAUCUGUGGUUUACUUGAACAGCAAAUAUCUCCUAAUUCUGAUAAACCUCUUAUUUGGCAACAACUUCAACAUUUUUCUCAAUUUCCUGAUUUCAAUAACUAUCUUGCUUUCAUUAUUGCCCGUGCUCAGGGUACAUCUGUGGAAAUACGACAAGCAGCUGGUCUGCUCUUGAAGAAUAAUUUAAGAACCGCUUUCAAAUCCAUGUCUCCUUCAUUUCAGCAGUACAUAAAGUCAGAGAUGCUUCAUAGUCUGGGAGCAUCAGAUAGGCGCAUUAGGUCUACAGUGGGGACAGUUGUAAGUGUUGUCAUUCAGCAGGGGGGAAUUAUUGGCUGGCCGGAGCUUUUGCAAGCCCUUGUACAGUGCUUGGAUAGUAAUGACCUAAACCAUAUGGAGGGUGCUAUGGAUGCUUUAUCCAAGAUUUGCGAAGAUAUACCGCAGGAGCUUGAUUCAGAAAUACCUGGAAUAGCUGAACGCCCAAUUACCGUCUUCCUUCCUAGAUUAUACCAGUUUUUCCAGUCUCCACAUGGUACACUCAGGAAGCUUGCUUUGGGUUCUAUUAAUCAGUUCAUUAUGUUGAUGCCAACGGCUUUACUUCUAUCCAUGGAUCAAUAUCUCCAGGGUUUAUUUGGUCUUGCUCAGGAUCCUGCUGCAGACGUCCGAAAAUUGGUUUGUUCAGCAUUGGUUCAGCUAGUCGAAGUUCGUCCUUCUUUCUUGGAGCCUCAUUUGGUAAAUGUGAUCGAGUACAUGUUGCGAGCAAAUAAGGACACUGAUGAGGAGGUUGCUCUUGAAGCUUGUGAAUUUUGGUCAGCAUAUUCUGAAGCUCAGCUACAGUCUGAUAGCUUAAGAGAUUUUUUGCCGCGUCUGAUUCCGGUUUUGCUUUCAAACAUGGUCUACACCGAGGAUGAUGAGUCACUUGUUGACGCUGAUGAGGACGAGUCAUUUCCAGACAGAGACCAGGAUCUGAAGCCACGUUUCCAUGCAUCACGAUUUCAUGGUGGAGAUAACGAGGAAAAUGAUGAUGAUGACAUUGUUAACAUUUGGAAUUUGAGGAAAUGCAGUGCAGCUGCUCUUGAUGUCCUCUCAAAUGUGUAUGCUGAGGCAAUUCUUCCAACACUGAUGCCUUUGAUUCAGGCAAAGCUAGCCACCACUGAUGAUGUGACCUGGAAGGAGAGAGAAGCUGCUGUGUUAGCUUUAGGUGCAAUAGCAGAGGGUUGCUUUGCUGGUCUUUACCCUCAUCUGUCAGAGGUUGUUCAAUUUCUCAUCCCUCUGCUAGACGAUAAAUUUCCUCUCAUAAGGAGUAUUACAUGCUGGACACUCUCUCGAUUUAGCAAAUUUAUUGUGGAGGGUAUUGAACAUCAAAAGGGUCAUGAACAAUUUGACAAAGUUCUUAUGGGUCUUUUAAGAAGAAUAUUAGACCCAAACAAACGGGUGCAGGAGGCCGCUUGUUCAGCUUUUGCGACACUUGAAGAGGAGGCUGCCGAAGCAUUGGUGCCUCGCUUGGAAAUCAUUUUGCAGCACCUCCUUUGUGCAUUCGGGAAAUAUCAGAAACGAAACCUCCGAAUUGUCUAUGAUGCUAUUGGCACUCUAGCCGAUGCUGUUGGAGGGGAGCUAAAUCAGCCCCAGUAUCUUAAUAUUCUGAUGCCUCCACUGAUUGCUAAGUGGGAGCAACUUCCAAAUUCAGACAAAGACCUUUUUCCAUUGCUUGAGUGCUUUACAUCUAUAGCACAGGCAUUGGGACCUGGAUUUUAUCAGUUUGCGGAACCUGUGUUUAAGAGAUGCCUAAAUCUUAUUCAGACUCAACUAUUGGCAAAGGUAGAUCCUUCGUCAGCUGGAGUCCAAUAUGAUAGAGAAUUCAUUGUUUGCUCUUUGGACUUGCUCUCGGGAAUUGCAGAAGGUCUUGGUAGUGGGGUAGAGAAUUUGGUUGCACAUAGUAAUUUGAGGGACCUACUUUUGCAAUGUUGCACGGAUGAUACUCUAGACAUUAGGCAAAGUGCCCUCGCACUUCUUGGAGACCUUGCUAGAGUAUGCCCUGUUCAUUUGCAUCCCCGUCUAUCCGAAUUCCUCAACAUUGCUGCCCAACAACUUAGUAAUCCUGCACUUCAGGAGACUGUUGCAGUGGCAAAUAAUGCAUGUUGGGCUAUUGGGGAGUUAGCAGUUAAGGUCCGUCAAGAAGUUUCUCCUAUUGUGAUGACAGUUAUGUCGUGCCUGGUGCCAAUACUUCAACAUGCAGAGGGAAUUAACAAGUCAUUGAUUGAAAACUGUGCAAUCACUCUAGGGAGGCUUGCCUGGGUGUCUCCAGAUAUUGUAUCCCCACAUAUGGGGCAUUUCAUGCAAUCCUGGUGUACCGCUUUAUCAAUGAUACGCGACGAUGUUGAGAAAGAGGAAGCCUUCCGAGGUCUAUGCGCUAUGGUCAGAGCAAAUCCAUCAGGGGCUUUGAGUUCUCUUGUUCACAUGUGCAUAGCUAUUGCAAGUUGGCAUGAAAUAAGAAGUGAGGAUCUGCGUAAUGAAGUUUGUCAGGUGUUGAACGGGUACAAACAGAUGCUUCAGAAUGGAGCAUGGGAUCAGUGCAUGUCUAGUUUGGAACCUCCAGUGAAAGAUAGGUUGGCAAAGUAUCAAGUUUGAUUCGCUCUAUCAAAAACGGUUUGCUGUUGACAGUAGAGUACUCACGUUUAUAUUCUUUUCAUUUUUUUUUCCUCGUACGAUUUUGGUUAUUUUGGUAUUAUGUUAUAGUAACGAAUUGUUGUAUUGAUGAAUGAUGAACAGUACAUAUUUUUUCGGUACUGAAUAUAACAGAACAUAAAUGUGUAUAGAAGUUAACAUCCCAAA